AUGCCGCCUGCCUCGCUGGCCGUGCUGAGGUGUCUUGGCAUCGGCGUGCGCGGCCGCGUCCGCUCCGAGUUUCAGCCGGACCCAUGGUGGAAAAGGUAUGCCUACACAUCCAUCGUGGCCGUCUGUGUCCUGUGGACAUGCGCCAUGUACCUGUGGCGCGUGUGCUACCCCAUGAUCGUGCAAAAGCCACGAGCCCUUGGCUCGCGAGCCGAGGGCAUCGGCCUCCUUGUUGGUUUCCUCGUCAUAUGGUGCAUCUUUCUAUGGUGCUUUACUACCGUCGUGCUCUCGCACCCCGGAUACGUGCAUGACCUCACGAAGGACGUACCCACACCGCCCCCACAGUUCGCGUCGUCCGCGCCCAUCGACAUUGAGCGCGCGCCUCCCGCCCACAGUGACGAGCCUGUGCACAGCGUACAAAAUACCCAGCUCUUCUCGCCACCUGAGGAACGUGAGCGGCGCUGGCGCGACUUGGAAGCCGGUCUCGACAUGUCACCCAUCGAUGGAGGUGCGCAUUCCCAAGGCAAAGAUACCUCAUCGUCCGUGCCGCUAUCGACGAUGCCGCCAUCCACCGGACCAAGCUCAUUGGGAGAGGACGAACCGUUCAGCACCCCAGCUGAGGAAGUGCCACCGCCACCACCUCUCCCGACGCACACUCCCUUCGGCACAUCACCAACGGCUCACGACGCGGCAACUGCGGAACUCGCUCCGCCCAUCGACCCACGUCUGCCCAAGCCGUAUCGCUUACCAUCAGACAUGCCGCUGUACAGCCCCGCAUAUCUUUAUUGCACACAUUGCCAGCGCCCACGACCACCCCGCGCCCACCAUUGCCGACGAUGUGGUGCAUGUGUGCUGCGCAUGGACCACCACUGUCCAUGGAUUGGCGGAUGUGUCGGAGCCCACAACUACCACUUCUACUUCUCUACCGUUCUGUGGGGCCUUAUUCUCUCACUGUAUGUGGUUGUGAGCAUGGCGCCUCUUUUCGCACGCGGCGUGCGGUCCCACUCAUCAUCGUCGUCAUGGUCCGACAUCAUCCACGAUUGGGCUGUCGAUGGAUUCAUGAUCAGCCUCUUCGUCAUUGGCUUCUUUUUCUUCCUAUUCACCUGCUCCCUCGUUUUUGUACAUGUCCAGAUGAGCGGCCACAACCUCACGUCCAUCGAGCAGCGUGCAAUCAACGCGUUUCGCUCUCGUGAAGGAUACACACUGCAUCGCUACUUCUCAGCCUCGGGGCAAGGCGGCACACUCGGCACCGGACCAAUGGCAGCCUGGCGCCGAUUCCGCGCCCGGCGACAGAUGCUGCAUGAAUGGAACUAUGAGUGGGGCGACCCGCAUCGCGAUGGCAAUCCAUGGUGGAUCGCAAAUAUGGACGAGCUGGAAUACGCCACUGCAUCGCUUAGUGCGAACGAGCGCGAGGCAUUUCUAGAAAAAAUGCUUGGCAUGUCCAGUACGCAAAACUCCAACACGUCCUACGGCGCAUGUACAUCGAUGCAGCCAAAGCUGAUCCCCUCCGCCUGGACAUGGCUAACGCGGCCACCAUUCCUCUUGAAUAUGCAGCUCAGCCUUGGUCCACCGCACGGCUGGGUUUUGCCCAUCGUGUGUCGAGCCUCAACAGGCGUCCACUUUCCGUUGAAUCCGCGUUAUACUCGCGACGGCCUAUGGCGCCCACGGCCCUACUGGCCAACCCUGUCUCAGACACGUACAUAG